GCUGUUAUUCUUUUUUCACUUGUUUUUACAGUAUUGGCACAAGCUGUGCUUCAAGUGUGAGUCAUGUGGUUUGUCACUGACUAUGAAGAAUUACAAGGGGUACAACAAGACACCCUACUGCAAUGCCCACUAUCCAACUACAAAAUUUACUGCUGUUGCUGACACACCAGAGAAUCGCCGCCUUCAGCAGCAAACUAAGAACCAAAGUAAUCUGCAAUACCAUGCAGAACAUAAAAAGAAUCUGGAGAAGUUCACGGCUGUAUCAGAUGAUCCAGAAAGUAGACGACUAGCAAAAAAUACUCAGCAGUCUUCUAAUGUGGCAUACAAAGCAGCUGCCCCACCCCCAUCAGCAGCCAGUGCCCCUCCCCCAAGUAUGGGAUAUGCUCCAUCUCAGCAGUAUCAGCCACCAAGAAAUGAGACAUCUUACCAACCACCAAGAAAUGAGCCGUCAUCAUACCAGCCACCACCCCCUCAGCAAGUCCAGCCUCCUCCCCAGCAGGAGCCUACUCCUCCUCCUCCUGCUCCUGUUUCUUCAACACCUGCAUAUGUAGCACUCUAUGACUAUAAUGCAGCGGAUGAUGAUGAGGUGGACUUUGUGGAAGGGGAUAUUAUCAUCAAUGCUGAAAUCAUUGAUCAAGGUUGGAUGACAGGCACUGUACAACGUACCGGUCAAAGUGGCAUGCUUCCAUCAAACUAUGUUGAACCAAACUAGAAAAUAGAUUUUUUUUUGCAAACUAUAGGUUGGAGACAUUGUACAUGCAUAAAAAUGUAUGUCAAAUUAUCAAUCUUUUUAACUGGUGCAGCAAUUUGUCUUAAGUUACACAUUGUAAGUAAAAUUAUAAUGUUAAAAUGAUGAAUUACCUGCAAGUAUUAGAUAUUGUUAUCAUUGUGCACUUUAGCCUAUCAAUGUGACAGAAUUCUGUUAUAUUAGUUAUGAAAUAUUGUCACAGACACGUUGCACAAGGUUAUUUUUAUAAAUAAAAUCAAUCAAAGUAUCUUCUUUUGUGACCAAUUGCACCAAAAAUAUUAGUGUCAUUGCUAGCAAUUGUGCAAACAGAAUCACAGUAAAGUCACCAAGUGCCUUGCAAAGCAUUGAUUGUAUUAGGGAUAAACACUGAGCUAUACUAACACAAAUAUUUUUCUUGUAAGUUUGUAAGAUAUGGAAGUAAAUAAUGUGGGUAUAUGGUAGGUUUGACAGCAAGAAUGAGCCUUUUCAAGGAAAAACAAUAGAAAUUAACCACACAAAUGAAGAGAAAUAAAAAUGAAGCUAUAUGAAUGCUUUGAUAAGUGUACAUGUAGCUUGAGAUAGGAAUCAAUGACAGUAAGUAAACUAGAAUACAGAAUUCAUAGUCAUGGCAAAAAGAAAUGCCAUCAAACAAAUAGAUUAGUUAGAUUAACCAAAAUAUGACUGAAAUAGCACACAAUCUUAUAUUAUCAAUGUCAUUUUAUUUAAAAACUGAUAAUUUCACACCAUACAAAGCAAUGAAAAUUUGUCAAAAACCUGUGUUCAAUUAAAAUCUAUAGAUAUUUUAUAAUCACCAUUUUCAUCAUCUAUAAGUAUACUGGACUUCUAUAAGUCAGUAAAAAAUUUAAUGGGUGUAUAUACUUAAUGAUUUUACAAUAGGGAAAGAUGGAUGCAUUUAUGUUGUACCUUGGAGGAAGGUUGAGGUAUUUAACUGCAUUUAUAUUGCUGUACAUUCACAUACAAAUAAAAUUCAGCUUGUUGCAAGUUUGUUUUGUUCCAAACAAUCUUCUCAAGAAGUGUCAUUGAGCUCAUUUCUGGUCAUUUCAACAUAUUUCCAUGUAUAAAACAAUAAUAAUAACAGUGCUUGUAUAGCGUAUAUCACAUUAUGUCUCUAUGCGCUUCCAAAGGACUUGGAUAUUAUUACUCCGGCUUCAGUUUGAGCUAAACAUGCCUUUUACAAGCUUGAAAUAUUAUCUUGCAAGAAAGUGAUAGGUUUACCACAUAGCCUUCAUGUAAUUUCAUGAUAGCUUAUUCUAUCCCCUAUACAUUCCUGGAAUUUUUUUUUUCAAUUAAAGGGGAAUCCAGCUGUGGUCAUAAAAAUGUAUUAGAAAAGAGAAAAUUAAAAAGUUCAGAAUACGGUAGCGAAAGCUACUACUACGGUAUACAAUUGAGAUCACUAACUCUAUGUAGAUUUCAAAUUGGCAACUUGAUAAGUAAAUUAUGACAAGGGGGCAAGGAAAACUUCCCCAUAGGCCAUGUACUUAAUUAUCAGGGAUUUAUGGUUUUCUCUUAAUAAGUACACAUUCCCCUGGGGCAGUAAUCUCAAUAUAAUCCAGGUAGUGUACUGUUUAUUUUACUCAUGAAAUAAAAAUUUAAUUUGAAGUAAAACUUCUGAAAAAAAAAAUUUAGCCAUUGUGUUUUUGAGUACAUGUAAAAAUGGUCCUUGCCUUACAUCACAUAUGCAGUUUGAGGUCUUCAUGGGUAUAGUGAUUACCAAUAUGUACGACAUUAAAAACUUCAUAACUUUCUUGUUUGUCUGAUAUUGUUCAAACUUUCACCUAUCAACUUGUCUGUAUUUUCUUGUUCCUCUUACGUUUGGGUUGGAUUCCCCUUUAAACCCAGAAUUGCCAUGAUAGUGUUUUAUUUGGGCUUUGUAUGUUUAUUGAGAAAAAUGUCCCUGGGUCAUUAAGAGACAAACUUCUGGUCAUGCAUUAUGUGUCGUCCUAAUGCAGAAAGAAAAUAUGGAUCCAUAUUACACUCUUUUGAUAUUCAAAGCACAUACACUUCAGGGAAAGAGACAGAAAAAAAAUUACAUGAAUAGCAUCACAUAUAUUUUGUGUUUUUUUUGAAAUAUGAAUAUAAUUUGUUUUAUGUAUGAGUAGGGGUUCACUCCAGUACACAAAUUUGUCAUGUUCACUUAUUUUGAUGGACACAGAUGUUUAUAUCAUGUUAUAAUUUACAUACAACUUCAGCUUCACACUUUCUUUUUGGAAUGUUUUUAAGUAUGGUGUACAUGCACAUCAUAUAUAUUUCAUCUAUUGAUGUGAUAUUACAUAUAGAUAUUACUUGUUUGUACUUAAGAUUCAUGAAGUUACUUUUCAAAAGCAUUGUUUUGUACAUAUAUUUGAGCAUGUAUACAAUACAAUUAUAUAAAAUGGCAGAUGUUUAUGUUUUUAUUAUUUCUUAAAAAUUGCAUUCAGGAAAUGAGAUUGACAAGCAUGAUAUGCAAAGCUAAUCACUUCUAGAGGAAAAUAAUCAAUAUUGAUAGCAAUGCAACAUUAGAUAAUGUAGAAAUGAUUGUCCACGUGUAUAUUAUCAUGACCUUAGAGUGUUAAAAUUGUAUGCAACAAAGUAUGAAUUAGAUAGAGAUAAAAUACACACUUUUGGAUUAAGAAAUAUGCCUCAUCUGUAAAGUAGUCCAAAUAUAUUUCACUGAUAUUGAAUAACUUGUUACAUAGACAAGAGAUAAGAGUUUGUCUUUGGAUAAUCACUCAAGUCAGUGACAACCCAAAGUCUAAUCUGAAUAAUCAUUUUCACUAUAGACUAGCUUUUGACAUUUCAUCUUUAGUGAAUGAUGGUGUAUCCAGCUUAUGCUGUGAAGGCAGUACAAGUCAUAUCCAUGCCCACAAAGUCAGUGGUCUUCUAUAUCCUGUUUUAGUUACAAGAGCAAUCAUCUUCUUCAAUUGACUUUCUUUUUGUAUUGGCAAUGCAUACAGAUGAGAUAUGAUAGAAGACUUGCCAAGGAUAUUGUUUUACAUGAAUGAUGUAUUUUACCAACUCAAAGCUUUUUUUAUUCCUAAUUAUUAAAUUUUGACUGGAAGUAUCUGAGAGUUUCACAUUCACAGAAAACCAAUUGGUACUUGCAUGGUCUUAGAAAAGAACUAUAUAGUUGUGGAAAGUCAUGGAACUUGGUUCUGAAAUAUCUGUAACAAACUUGAAAGACCAAUCUUACUUAUUUGAUAUGCAUAAUAAUGUAUUAAGAACAUUAGACCAUACAUAACAUAUCAAGAGAUGCCAUAAUAUAGACACUUAACAUGAAAUAGUCCAUUACCUGACCAUACAAUAACCACUCAAUAAAUGAUAUUGUACUAAUGUCAA